AUGCGAAUGCUCCCAAUUUGCUUGGUUUUCUUGUGUCUCUUUUGUCUCUGUGGAUCAGAGAAUGCAGCCUCUAAUGCUGAAGAAAACCACUUUCAACAGGUUAAGCUUGCCCAGCCAGCUGAGCAAGACAGCUACCUCAUAGAAGAAUGCUUAGGCAACCAAUACACCCACAAGUCUUGUAAAAAAGUUUUUUGUCAACCAUGGGAAAGAUGUGUGGAGGGAAAAUGCCUUUGCAAGCUUCCCUACCAGUGCCCAAAGAAUGGCUCUGCAGUUUGUUCUACUAGUGGAAAGAACUUCCGUACUUACUGUCAGCUUAAGAGCUACGAGUGUCAACAACCCAAAGCAAAAUUUCUGCGCAAGGGACCAUGCAUGCCUAAAGAAACAUUUUCAGUCUCUCUGGGACAUGAAGAUCCGAGUUUGCUGCAAGUAAAAUCUGUGUAUCUUAAGGACAACAGUUUUGUAUGCGCUAGUGAGUGGACUAUGAAUGAAGCAAAUGUGGCUUGCAGGCAUCUUGGCUUUGAAUUAGGUGCUGAAUAUUACCAAGACACUUCCAACGUCAUAGAAUCUGCCUUAAAUUCAUUAAACUGUCUGCAAAUAAGUUGCAGGGGCCUAGAGACAAGUCUUGCUGAAUGCCACAUAGAGAUGAAAUCAAGAGAUAGUAAUGAGGGACUGGUUAGCCUGCAGUGCUAUGAAAAUCUCAGAGUUUGUUCAAAUGGGGAGUUUCACUGUGUCAACAAGAAGUGCAUUUCUCUGAAUAAAACCUGUGAUGGGAUCAAUGACUGUGGAGACCUGAGUGAUGAACUGUGCUGUAGAGAGUGCAGAGACAGCAGUUUCCACUGUCGGUCAAAUAUCUGUAUUCCAAAUAAGAAUGUCUGCAACAAAGAAAUUGACUGCCUCACAGGAGAGGAUGAAGCUGGAGAUCUCUGUGCAGGCAAAGAAGAAGGUGCUGAUAAGGACAAUAUGGAUGAAGAAAGAAAAAUGAUAAAGACACUUCUUCCCCAAGUUCACUGCGGUGUUAGGAAUCACACACUAACUCGACGGAAAAGAAUCAUAGGUGGAGAGAUCGCAGGAAAGGGUGAAUUUCCUUGGCAAGUGGCAAUUAAAGACACCAGCAAAGAAGGUUCAACAGUGUACUGUGGAGGGGUUUAUAUUGGUGGCUGUUGGGUUCUGACUGCUGCUCACUGUGUCAGGACAAAUCGUGUCCAUCUCUACCUUGUCUGGGUAGGAAUGUUAAACACAAUAGUGUACGACAAAGAGACAAAUACUUUCAAAGUAAACCGAGUGAUAAUUCAUGAAAAUUACAAUGCAUCAACUUAUGAAAAUGACAUUGCUCUGCUGGAGCUGAAAGGUUCUGGACAUGGAGAAUGCUCCCUGGAAGACAACAGCAUACCUGCCUGUGUACCCUGGUCAGAGUAUAUGUUUAAGACUGGUGACAGAUGCAAAGUUUCUGGAUGGGGACUAGAGAAAGGUUACACAAAACAAUUUAUCCUCAAGUGGGGAAAUGUUAAUUUAUUUCACAAUUGUUCUGAAUUGUAUCCAGGACGAUUUUUUAAAAAAAUGGCAUGUGCAGGCACUUACGAUGGCUCCACAGACAGUUGUAAAGGUGAUUCAGGAGGCCCCCUGGUCUGUUUUGAUGCAGAAAACGUGGCCUAUGUCUGGGGUAUUGUGAGCUGGGGUGAGAACUGUGGGGAGGCUGGUCACCCUGGCGUGUACACACAAGUUGCCAGCUAUUAUGACUGGAUUAGCCACCAUGUGACAAGGGGUCUCAUUUCACGGUACAAUAUCUGA